AUGAAUUCAACGGCGAACGGAUCCAUCAAGUCUCGGAGCUGCUUCGAUCAGUUCCUAAAUUCCACUGCGUUGAAAAUCGGAGGAACCGUUACCUACUGUCUGUUCAUUAUCGUUUCACUCGCCGCAAAUUCUCUCAUUGUAAUGAUCGUUUAUAAAACGCCGAACUUAAGAAAACCGAUAAAUUAUUUCAUCGCAAACAUGGCCUCGUCUGAUCUGCUGUUUCCAAUAUUCUGGAUACCUUGGAAACUGUCAAACUUGCAUACCAAUUACUCGCUUCCUAUCGGUGGAAGGCUUGGCCAAGCCUUUUGUAAGCUUCUCCCUUUCCUUCGUAACGUUUCCAUUGUUGUUUCGGUUCAGAAUCUGAUUCUGAUAGCAGUGGAUCGAUUUGGAGCCGUGGUGUUUCCACUCCGUUCACCACUUAUCAGAUCCAAACUGUGUCCCUUCUUCAUUCUCGCUACAUGGAUAGUUGCCGUAGCGGUGAGUUCGCCAUGCUUGUUCGCCUUCGAGCUCGUUGAAGACCCAGAGGGAAACUGGUGUAAAAUUGAAUGGAAGAAAGUAUUCGGAGAGUCUUCAUCCUUUGCCAGUUUCGGACUAGCUUCCUACAGUCUAUUUAUAUUCAUACCUGUGCUGUUGCUAGUCAUUCUUUACUCCAUCAUUGUUAUCAAGCUCAAGACACAGGCACACCCAGGUGAACAGUCCGCGAACACUCAGCAACAGCGGAACAGAAGAAACAGAAACGUGCUCCAAAUGUCCAUUGCUAUCGUAAUAGUGUUUCUGUGUUGCUGGUUACUUUACGCUAUCAACUUUUUAAUCGUAUGGUAUCGGGACAGUUCCACGCUUUUCUCGUGUAGUUUCUGGAUAUACUGUGAAGUCACCCUUUAUAUGGUUGACGCGUACUGUGCUAUCAACCCAGUUAUCUGUUUCAUGUUUAGCAGUAAUUACCGAAAAGCUCUUAAAAUACUCUUAAAAUGUUUUUUUGUACAGGCGUAG